CGCCUCCUCUGCCUGGGCGACGUCAACGGCAGAGCAAGCCAGGCGGGCCAGACGGCGCUGAUGCUGGCCGUGAGCCACGGGCGCGUGGACAUGGUGCGGGCGCUUCUGGCGUGCAGCGCCGACCCGAACGCGCGCGACGACGACGGCUCCACGGCCCUCAUGUGCGCCAGCGAGCACGGCCACGCCGAGCUCGUGCGCCUGCUGCUGGCGCAGCCGGGCUGCGACGCCGCGCUCGCCGACAACGACGGCAGCACGGCUCUGUCGAUCGCGCUGGACGCGGGGCACAAGGACAUCGCCGUGCUGCUCUACGCGCACGUCAACUACUCCAAGACGCCGUCGCCCGGCACGCCACGGCUGGGCCGCAAGGCCUCGCCCAGCCCCACGCGGCGGGGCCCCUUCGACUGACGGACGAGGGGCGGCGGCGGCGGCGGCGGCGGCUCAUCGGCGCGAGGGCCGCGUCUUCGGAGGCCGACCCGGCCGAGCAGAGGAGGGUGCGGCGGUGGGGGGGCGGGGCGGCACCGUCGAGCGACAAGGGGCCCAACCGAGGCCCACGCCGGGUGGAGACGUCGCGCGGCGGCGACAGCGGCGACGUCGUCACGCCCCGUGGUGUUAACCGCGGCCGCGGCGGCACCGGCGUUGUGAAAUCGACGCUCGGCACAAACCGCCUUCGAGUGAGAGCUGUUGCCGCCGUGACCGCACCGGGACCCGGAACCCGGCUGCGGUGUCUCGGGGGAAGCUCUCCGCGUCGCCGGGAGACUGCCGGAGGCGGCUCGUGACACUGGGGGCAGCCACGGCCGUAGCGGAAGGAUUUGGCUUUUGUUUGUUUUUUAAUGCAGGUUACUGAGCACAGUUGGGGCAAAAGGCCCGUGACGUCAUGCGGACAGCAACGAACAGCACCAUCAGAGUUGUAAUCGACGACGAUGAUGAUGAUGAUGACGAUGAUGGUGGGAGCGGUGCGAGGGAAGAAGCACAAGAAAGAGUGUUGUGACCUGCAGUGUGGUGAGUGUGGGUGAGUGAGUGUGAGUGUGUUGAUGUGACCUUCAGUGUGUUGAGUAGGUGAGUGAGUGUGAGUGAGUGUGUUGUUGUGACCUGCAGUGUAGUGAGUAGGUGACUGAGUGUGAGCGAGUGUGAUGCUGUGACCUGCAGUGUGGUGAGCGGGUGAGUGAGUGGGUGAGUUAGUGGAUGAGUGGGAGGGUGGCUGGGUGAGUUUGUUGUUGUGACCUUAAAGUGUACAUAGCCUGGCACAAGCGUUGUGGUGAUGUCACCGGCACUUAGUGGCGAACGGUGGUUGUUGUUGUUGUUGUGACCGGUAGUGCGGUUGUUGAACACAUUCUGGAUGAGAUGUCAUUUGUUGGGUGCAAAUAUGUUUUCCGGAUCGCUGGUAGACUGGAAUAGGUGUCACGUGACUCGUAUCCACAGCCAUCGUCACCGUCAUCAUCAUCAUACUCUGCUGGGUUCAAGGCCUUCCAAAGCGGCUGGUGAAGCGAGCGAGCGGUGUUACUGGAUGUGGUGUGCCGGGCGACUAAAUAUCACUUUGGGCUGCGGACGCGGACCGACACGGCCGCGAUUCAGCCGGGGACCCGGCACGGCGAGAGAGCCGCUUCACGCAGUUUACCCAAUGGCCUUGAAGCUCACUUCGGUGGCGUGCCAGCACCGAGCGGAAACGUCACAACUCUGUCUCAUCACCAUCGCCACCACGACCACCAUGACCACGAUUACUUUAUCGGAGCACUGGGAACACAAGUGCCUGUAAAUGCGUUCCUUUGGGGCAGUGGUUCUUAACCUUCGCUGCACCACCCCAGGUUAAGAACCACAGGUUAAGAACCACAGGUUAAGAAGCACAGCUUUGCUGGUUACUGAUUUGCUCCACUCGAUAGCGAAGUCCGCGUGCUACGUACGCACGUGCGUUGAACUUCCUUCGCAACGUACGUAGCCAGCCCUGCUAAUCGGAGGUGCGGAGAAGCACUGUCGACUGUUACUUUCGCAAUGUUGGAAUGGUGUCUGCUGCAGUACAGCAAACGGAACUUGUGGGUGCUUUGGUUCUGUACGGAACGGGCAGCAAUUUAGUGGAAUAUUUAUUAUAUAGUCAAAUAUUAUAAUAUACCUUUAUACGGACGGACAACGGUAAACAUGCCCACACUAUGCACAAUUACACACCCACGUUUUAUAUAGAGAUAUACAUAUAUACAGUAUAUAUAUAUAUUUACACACAGGCAUAAGUGCACUUAGUGCAGUCGUUAAUAUUGUCUUGUCUGCUUGUUUAGUUAUGCUUCGGUGUUUCACGAUAGCUUCCAGCUGCUGUCUCGCGAAUAUAUGAAUGGCCAGUGUUUGUGUGUGCAAUGACCAGCGUAUCCACGGCACGCACUUAUCCAUCGCUUUGCCUUGCACCUUGUUCCGUGAGCUGCUCGCAAGGGGUUCGGUCAAAGUGUUUCGGGGUCGGGGGGUGUUGAAGGCACACGCGCAUUCGCAGUCCCUAGUGGAGUGCUAACGCCAUCGGAGUCGCCCAGACGACGCGCACCCACGUGCUAUGCAGGGAUUCACGGUCUCGCUCCGUAGUUUCCGGCUGUGUUCGUGAGUAAAGAUUCAUUUUCUUCUUGGUUCUUUCGGUAAAGUCACGUAGAAGGUAAAUAAUAAAAUAAUAAAAAUAAAACAUAAUAAAAGUAUUAUUCCUUUGUCAAGGCGCCCUUCCUCCUCCAACCCAGCUUAAAUAUACGCUGCCAAGCUUGGUGGUGUUUCAUUCAGACGCUGUCUUUCCGACAGACCUGUUCUUCACCUGAGGAAGGUGGCUUGCGUUGUGGCCGAAAUAUCGUGAGAAUUGUAUUUUAUUAUGUUUUAUUUUUAUUGUUUUAUUAUUUCCCUUCUACGUGACUUUACCAAAAGAACCAAGAAAAUGAAUCCCUGCAGUCACGAAAGCUUUACAUCGAAAUUUAAAGAUUAAUUGUUGGCGUAAGGCACGAGCACUAGAUUACCGAGGCGUGGUCUAGCCAUACCCCGAUCGGCUCCAGUCUCCCUUUAAAUCGCGUGACUUCUGUGCGACACUGCCCACUGUGAAAACAGACGCCGAUCCGUGCAGCAGCAGCAGCAGCAACAACAUCGAUGCCCCAGUGCAGCGUCUUUCUCGCCAUCUGCUCCCCGUCUCUCUCGGUUCCUUUUUCACCGCGCAAAUUCCCUCUCAUCCCCUCUCUCUCCGCUCUCCCGUUCCGUGUCUGCGUCUCCCCUGAGCCGCAACGCUGUUCAUGUGCUCUUCGGUUCUUUCGGUAAAGUCACGUAGGUUAAAAAAUAAAGUGAAAAUAAGAAUAAAAUAAAAAUAAAAUAAAAAAUAGAAAUAACUCAAUUGAAUCACUACGUUUCGAUUGCAACACAAGCAAUCAUCAUCAGGUGUGGGAAUCGCACUUAUAUAAACUCCUUAGCCCUGGCAUUUCUCCCACUUUAGUAAAACAUUUCUAGCUGUGAUUUCCACACCUGAUGAUGAUUGCUUGUGGUGCAAUCGAAACGUCGUCAUUUAAUUGGGUUAUUUAUAUUUUUUCUUUUCUUUUUUCACCUACGAAAACUUCAAAUCUUGCUGUUACACAUCAUUGACUCCACUGCCCUCCUGUGUGCGUCAUGCAGUUUUUUUUGGCGUAAACCAGUGGUGGGGAACCUUUUAUCUGCCAAGGGCCAUUUGGAUAUUUGUAACAUCAUUCGCGGGGCCAUACAAAAUGAUCAACUUAAAAAAUAGCCCGUUUAUAUUUGGUCAAACAUUUAAUCAACUCGCCCCUAAUGCGAUGGCUGGAACUGCUUCUCUCUGGCGAGGCGUGGCGACGUUAGCCGGUGUUGAUGUUGCUGCUACUCGCAACUGCUUUCCCAGCUUUGCUCCGAGAUUUAUUGAAUUUCGAGUCCCGCCUGCGGUUGCCUUGGCAGGGCCACGACAAAUGAUUUCGCGGGCCUCGUACGGCCGGACGUUCCCCAGCCCUGGUGUAAACAAACGCGUCUGUUUUGGGCAGUGCCUUGCAGCCUCUUGCCACGUGGAAUCCGAAUCGGGCGCGAGGAGUGAACGGUGGCAAGGCGCCUCUCAGAGCUUGGCCAGGCGAACGCAGUCUCGCCACCACCCACGGCAACUCCUGUUUGGUUGGAAUACAUUUCGAUGGUGUCUGCGUGUUUUUUUGUUUGUUUAAUAACUCCCAACAACAUUUUUGGGAGUUUCGCGACUGCGGGAAUUGAUGUCCGUUGAUUCUUUCGGUAAAGUCGCGUUGAUGGAAAAAUAAUAGAAUAACAAAAUCGUCGAAACGUCGUUGUGAGUUUUUAUUAAAGUAUUAAAACAAUUAUAUCGACGUGACUUUACCGAAAGAACCACAGGAUAUGAAUCGCAGCAAGAUGUCGUGUUCGUGUCUAACGUGGAAGAGCGGUGGGCGAGGUGGUUGGACCUCGAACCCGAUUCCCAUUCACGGCUAACAUCAGUGGCUGCGGAGUGAUAUACACACCUGAACGGGCCUCCGAUUAUUUUGUGACGCUGAUGUUGCAACGCAAUUCGCGAGCGGCUCUAAUCGAGUAACUGCACGCGACUUAGCUGGAACGUAAAGAGCACUUCGUAGACAAUGAGGUUAGUACCGUGGGGCUAACGCAGGCCUCUGGGACAUUCUGCGGCGUCGUGGGUAUCUCGGUGAUGAUCACACUCGCCGUGAUGACAACACGCGCGCCUCGCAGCGAGAAGGCUCCAGGUUCGAUGUCCGACUCGGACGCACUUUCUGUGCGGAGUUUGUUUGAUCUCCUCCCCGUUCUGCCGGGUGUGUGUGGGGAGCGGUGGUGCAGCGGUUAGCGCUACGAAGCCGGCUAUGAACCGAGUUCGAUUCCCGCUCAGGGCAAACGCUGGCGACGAUUAUCUGAUUAUCUGCACCGGUCCUCCCAUAGGUUGGCUCGGGCUCAAACGAGUACCUGGUGCGAUGUGGAGUCAACAUCGUCACUGGGAGCUGUUGAAUACCCACCCCGUCGUGUGCAGUGCCGAUCUUUUUAGGUGGUGCUCGCGAACAAAAACGUGCCCCCCCCCCAAGUCUGUUAAGGCUUCACGGGGAAUGUCUGGUGCGUUCUCCCCCUCUUCGGCACGGGGUUUCCUCCGGCAGCAUUUCGUUUUACUCCCACGCUGAAUAAGAUUUGUUCUGAAAACAAUAAAGCCCCCACCCCCCACGCACAAUGUAACAACCGGCUUAUCUUUGUUUUUGACCAAACGACAUCGCAAUGCUGCGAUAAAAACAAGGAUGCACCCGCAACAUC